CACUAUUCCACAUGCUGUCCCAUGUAGGCCGUUCGAGGAACUUGUAUUGCCUAGUUCAUAAACAGCUUUGUUCUCGUCUGAGCACAGUCAGGAGUUUCUCAGCGUUGGGGAUCGUAACUAGAAAAGAUCAUGGUGGCCAAAGGAAGCGUCUGAGGUUGAUGUUAGGUUUCGUUCGUCGUAUGCAGCCAAAUCGUGAGGAAGAUUCGUCUCAGACGGUCUCCAUUUCCCCAUGUUUCCCAUCCACCUCUCCCGUAUUCGGAUAUUCUUCGGAAUCUGCCGAAUCUGAUCAUACUUUUCCAGUGAACAUCCAGAAGUUGCUGGAACAGACCAUGAAGGAGGAAGAAUUGCGAGAUGUUGCAUAUCGCAUUUGCCGGGACUAUCUCAAUGGAAGUUGGAGGAAAAUAUCAGCCCAGCAGAUGGGAUGGAAGCAAAUCACGGGUGGGCUGAGCAAUAUCCUCUAUCUGUGUUCCCUACCUCCUUCCAAUCCUAAGUCACCUGUGCAGGAGCCUCGACAUGCUCUCUUUCGCAUCUAUGGACAAGUUCAUGGAGAGUGUCAGAUGCAAAUCCAUAAUGUGAUCACAGAAUCUAUCGUGUUUGCGGUGCUGUCAGAGAGGGCAGUGGGUCCUCGACUUUAUGGUGUUUUCCCAGGUGGCAGACUAGAAGAGUAUAUCCCAGCUCGUUCACUGCGACGAGAGGAAUUGCAGGAGAAUAAGAUCAUGGAUGCAGUGGCUCGUAAGUGUGCAUAUGUACACACACUGGAUGUCCCAAUUGUGAAGGAACCAACAUGGAUGUGGGACACCUUGUCAAAGUGGGCCCAUCGUCUUCUCAAGCAGUCUUGUGUUGACCUGGACAUGGUCAUUGACUUCCCAGCUGAAGUCACCUGGCUUAGGAAGUUCCUAGUAGAGGUUCAAUCGCCAGUGGUCUUUUCUCACAACGAUCUCCAAGAGGGGAAUCUGCUGGCCCUACGGGAUGAAUGUGGGGACAUUUCACGCAUAGUCCUCAUUGACUUUGAGUACUGUGCCUACAACUAUCGAGCUUUUGACAUUGCCAACCAUUUCUGUGAAUGGAUGUACUGCUAUCAAGUGCAGGAACCUCCCUACUUCACAUAUAAUAAGAACCAUUUUCCAUCUCCAGAGGAGCAGAUGCAUUUCAUUCGAAAAUACCUGGAGAGAUACAAGAGGCUGCUGAAUUCCCCUGGGGAGUGUUUGAAUGAACAGGACAAUGAUGGUACUGACACAAUUGAUGUGACAACUCGUGAAGUGCUGCAAGUAUAUGAGGAAGUGCAGCGUUUCACUUUGGCUUCACACCUCUUCUGGGCCUUGUGGUCUGCUGUCAAUGCCCCAGUCAGCAAGAUCCUGUUUGGAUACUGGGAGUAUGCCAAUGCCCGGUUCAAGGCAUAUUUUGAGGAGAAGAAGAAAUUCUUGAGCAGUGGACUAAACUCACGAGCACAAGUGUGAAUUGGCUUCUGCUGCAUCUGUGAUAGCUUGCCAAUGUUCACUUGAGUCUGAGUCGCAUGCAUAUAUCUUUUAUUUUCCAAUAUUUUAGACCCUGCUUUAUGCAUUUUACUGAGAUGACCUUGAUCUCAAACUUGUCAUGGAAUAAAAUCGUGUGCUUUCUUUUAGGGAA